AUGUUUGGAAUCAAAUCAUUAACAAGUCGUGUUGGAUCAAUGUCUAUCAGCAAUGUUGUUGGUAGAUCAACCUCAUUAUAUAGCAGCAACGUUGCAUCGACAUCUGCAUUAUACUCGACCAUGUCAAAAUCAUAUAGCGCUAACAGUACCAGUACUACCUUGCUUGGCAAAAAUAGCAACUUUUCAUGUAAUAAUACCAUCAACAACUAUACUCGUACAUAUUCAACACAACAACAACAACAAGAACCAAAUAUCAACAUUCUCAACGACAUUGAAUUCCCAGACAAUAGAAAUGAAAUCAGAACUCCAACUGGUGUCACUUCACAUCAAGUCAUUGAUUUCAACUCUAAACAAGUAGUUGGUGAAAUCAACCUUUUAAAUAGCGUAUUCAAAGUUCCAUUAAGAAUUGAUUUAUUACAUAGAAUGAUUAGAUGGCAAAGAGCCAAGGCUAGACAAGGUACUCAUUAUGCUCAGAAUAUGGGAGAUGUUGAGAGAACCAACAAGAAGCCAAUGGCACAAAAGGGUAAUGGUCGUGCCCGUCAAGGUACCAAUCAUGCCAUUCAAAUGGUUGGUGGUGCCCGUGCUUUCCCACCCAAGCCACGUGACCACUCUCAUUCAUUGCAAAAGAAGGUCCGUAAGCAAGCACUCUGCGUCGCUCUUUCGACCAAGCUUGCUCAAGGCAAGUUGAUCAUUGUCGAUGAUCUCCAAGUCGAGACACACAAGACCAAGGAGCUCGUCCAACUCUUGCCAGAGGCAUGGGGUCGUUCAUUGCUCGUCAACAAUGAAUUCUCAAACAACUUUAAUUUGGCUGCCUACAACAUCAUCAACAUUGAUCUCGUCCCAGAUCGUGGUAUCAAUGUCUACUCAAUCCUCCAAAAAGACACCUUGGUCAUCUCUAAAAAAUCAAUCGAAAUAUUACAAGCUAGACUCACCAAUCAAGAUUAUGAAUUUGAUCAAAUUGAAGAAGAUGAGGAAGAACAAGUACAAGUAGACCAACAAUAA